UGGCACAUCAGGCAGAGGCACAUCGGGCAGGACUCCGGGCAGAGGCACAUCGGGCUGGACUCCGGGCAGAGGCACAUCGGGCUGGACUCCGGGCAGAGGCACAUCGGGCUGGACUCCGGGCAGAGGCACAUCGGGCUGGACUCCGGGCAGAGGCACAUCGGGCUGGACUCCGGGCAGAGGCACAUCGGGCUGGACACCAGACAGAGGCACAUCGGGCUGGACACCGGAUCACCAGGCGGAGCAGCAGGCACCAGAUUACCAGGCGGAGCAGCAGGCACCGGGCCCCCAGGCGGGGGCAGCAGGCACCGGGCCACCAGGCGGGGCGGCAGGCACCGGGCCACCAGGCGGAGCGGCAGGCACCGGGCCCCCAGGCGGAGCGACAGGCACCAGGCCCCCAGGCGGAGCGACAGGCAUCGGGCCCCCAGG